CUUAUGAGAAUAAGCUAAGUUUAUGUUGAAAAGAAUACCGUAACUUUAACAUCUACCAGGUUAGGUUCUGAUGGUUACAUUUAAUUUGUUCAACGAUUCUGAUUGGAUGUUAUUUAUAAACUAGAUUCAGUGGCAGAGUGGAUUGUAAACAGAAGUCUAAUAUUUAUUGCCCGUUUUCCACGGUCUUAAAAUUCUAAUUGUGACUGUGCAUUGCGUGUACAGAAUUAUGUGAGAUAUGUGAACAAUUUUAAUACAGAAGUUGUAUGUUUCCGUGAUUUAUAAACUGUAAUCGUAGUUUGGAAUUCAGAGACAGUUAUCUCACAAUGGCGGAUGGUAAUUCAAGACCGCGCACUCGCCAGCGUCCAUUACAAAAUAUGUCAAGUCGAUGGGACGCUACUAACGUAAACAAUUGGACAACUACACAGUUUCAAGAAGAACUUCUAAAAUUAAACAUUCGUGUCCCUGCUAAUAUUGGAAAGGCGACUCUUAGAAAACUCUACUUGGAAAAUGUAAACAGAACCCCCACGGUGAGAGAACGGCGGGAAAAUGACUCGUCCCAAAAUAGUCAUCCUGAUGAGCUUCCUAAUUCCUCGACAGAAACACCCAUUGUGUCCCAGUCUGAAGAAACUUCCAAUAUCGGAACAUCUACACAUACCGAGUUUACCGACCAGACCGUCCAACGUGCUCAAACGCAUAUGAAUUCGGGCUCGGAAUCCUUGCGUAAAAAUUCCAACAUGGCCGCCAGUGUAAAUAAUCAAGUAAUCAGCGGUAUGCUGAAUACUAUGAACACAAUGCAACAAACCGUUAUGGGUCUACAACAGACAGUGCUCCGACUGAUGUCAGAUAAGACGGGAAAUACAGGAAAUAGCACAAUGACACGGGUAAUUCACUGGACACGGCGUAUGCGGCCAUGAGGAGCCAGACUGUCCCAGCAACUCAGAAUACAGAUUUCGAAGUUUCGCAGUCUGGUACCCAGUGCCCAAGAGCAUGCAACCAAAGUACCACCACCCAAAGAUGUUUUGUGGAGCUCGAAGACGUAGUACAACAAUUAUGGACAAAUGCCGUAGCACCAAGCACAAGAUCCACUUAUAGGUCUGCGUUCCAUAUGUACGUUCAAUUUUUAUUGAUGUCAUGUGCCAUUUCUAGUGCAUAUACUUCGGACAUCCCAGUGACUGAAGACUAUUUGAUAUACUUUGUAGCUCACUGUGUUAGUAGGCUUAAGCUAAGCUUUUCAACCAUUAAGCUGUAUUUGUGUGGUAUUAAAUUUAUAUGUCUUGAAAGCAACAUUGCUUACCCAGAUGUCACCAAUCUGUCUCGACUUAAAGCAUUGUUAAAUGGUGUCAAACGAAUGCAGUUACCAUCUUGUAAGCUAAGACAUCCUAUAACUUUUGACAUACUGAAAAAAGUUUGUAUAUAUUUUCGUAGAACAGAAAGUUUUAGAAAUUUUAUGUUAGAAACUGUAUGUACUAUAGCAUUUUUUGGUUUUUUAAGGUGUGGGGAAUUUACCAUUAAGGAUUCUUUUGACCCCACAACAAACUUAUGUGUUAGUGACCUUAGUGUUCUAGAAAGUUGUGUAUUGUUAAAUCUUAAGAUCUCAAAAACUGAUCCUUUUAGAAAAGGAAUUACAAUUAAACUGUUCCCCACAAGCAACAUAAUAUGUCCAUUUUCAAUAUGUUGUAAAUAUUUAAAAGCACGCUGUUCCUUGCCCUUUUCAGCCAAGCAACCAUUAUUUGUAAAUAGCGAUGGAAAUGCUCUAACAAGAACUGAAUUUAUUUCUGAACUUAAGCAUGCUCUUAAAUGUAUUGGAUGUAAUUCAGAUGUAUAUAAUGGACACUCAUUCAGGAUAGGGUCAGCAACCACUGCAGCUGCUGUCCAUAUGGAAGACCAUUUAAUCAAGGUGUUAGGUAGAUGGUCUUCUGAUGCUUAUUGUAGAUAUAUUAGAACACCAGAAACUGUUUUACGAGAGGCACAAAAGUCAAUGACAACUGUUUAAUACCUUGUCACCUGACACUUAUUUUCAGUUUUAGGUUUAGUUGACCUUUGUCAGAUAAUUGCAUACAAUUUUCGUUUUUUCAGCAUUAAGAACUUUUAUGUUUUAUAUUAGGAUGUACAUGUAUAUCAUUUCUAUUCAGUAUUAUUAAUAUUGCAUUUUUGGGGGCACUCAGCUUCAUUUCGAUUGCAACUACAUUCACCUGAGUUUUGGCCAUCAUUUAAUAAUUUUUUACCAUAUAUAUAUAUUAUUAAAUUUUAAACCCCCAAAAAAUCAUGUAACUUGUUUUAAAUAGCUUAUAUUCCGGCUCUUGUUACCUAACUAUGAAGUGGCUUUCAUUUCGGCAUGCUGAGAGAAAUAUCUCACUAAAUUCAUAGAGAGGCUACACCGAGUUUAUAAGCAUCAUCUUCCAGACAUUCUCUUCCGGCUCUUGUAUCCUGGAACCAGUCCAUCUUUCAGUCUACCACACCGAGUUGAGUACUACGUGCUCUUCCGGAUCUUGUCGGUCAAACAUGACUGGUCUCCUAUGCUGCUACACCGAGUUGAGUUUUGUCUUGGAAGUUGAACCUCAAUCUCAAAGCACACCAGUUUCACCGAGUUGACUGGUACAUAUAUCUGUACCUUUCUUCCGGCUCUUGGGACUGGUUCCGCUGUUCUGAGGAUAGGGUUUUUAACUGAUUAAAACUAUGAGAAGCUGAGUCUGCCCCUAUUUCUGCCAAAGUAUAUAUAUGUAUUUCAAUGUUAUUUGAUGUUUUUGUAUUGGAAGUUAUUUGUGGAAUGUUUAAAUGUUAGACUUUGAAUAAAUGUUUUAACCUACUAUACUAUUUUAUCUUUUCAACAUAAAUUAAGGCUUAUGAGAAUAAGCUAAGUUUAUGUUGAAAAGAAUACCGUAACUUUAACAUCUACCAGGUUAGGUUCUGAUAGUUACAUUUAAUUUGUUCAACGAUUCUGAUUGGAUGUUACUUAUAAACUAGAUAAAGUGGCAGAGUGGAUUGUAAACAGAAGUCUAAUCGCCACCACCCCUACGCAUCUCCAUAUUUUUCAUUUUCAUGUAAAAUGCUUAUUCAUAUAUAUUUUCAUUCCCAAAUUGGGUAGACUCAGCCUUUUAUUCAUCAUUUAAUAAUUUUUUACCAUAUAUAUAUAUUAUUAAAUUUUAAACCCCCAAAAAAUCAUGUAACUUGUUUUAAAUAGCUUAUAUUCCGGCUCUUGUUACCUAACUAUGAAGUGGCUUUCAUUUCGGCAUGCUGAGAGAAAUAUCUCACUAAAUUCAUAGAGAGGCUACACCGAGUUUAUAAGCAUCAUCUUCCAGACAUUCUCUUCCGGCUCUUGUAUCCUGGAACCAGUCCAUCUUUCAGUCUACCACACCGAGUUGAGUACUACGUGCUCUUCCGGAUCUUGUCGGUCAAACAUGACUGGUCUCCUAUGCUGCUACACCGAGUUGAGUUUUGUCUUGGAAGUUGAACCUCAAUCUCAAAGCACACCAGUUUCACCGAGUUGACUGGUACAUAUAUCUGUACCUUUCUUCCGGCUCUUGGGACUGGUUCCGCUGUUCUGAGGAUAGGGUUUUUAACUGAUUAAAACUAUGAGAAGCUGAGUCUGCCCCUAUUUCUGCCAAAGUAUAUAUAUGUAUUUCAAUGUUAUUUGAUGUUUUUGUAUUGGAAGUUAUUUGUGGAAUGUUUAAAUGUUAGACUUUGAAUAAAUGUUUUAACCUACUAUACUAUUUUAUCUUUUC